AUGAGCAGCAAUGCAGUAACCCAGAGCGAUACGGCCCAGCCCGAGCAGGUAAUAAUGUUCACACCGCCUUCUCAGGAGGUCAUGGAUAAGCUCGGGAAGGAUUUCGUCGGGCACUGGGAGAGCGUGCCGGGCACGAAAUGGCUUGGUUGCAUCCCACUCAAGGUCGAUUACAAGAGGAACGUCUACGCGCCUACAGGAGACGAAGACGUAUAUCUGUUCGAAUCAGAGGCUGACGUCACAUGUUGCUUCUGCAACAAAAUGCACCAGACCACCACAGGCCGAUCAUCGGGGGGAUCGUCCUUCGAAGAAAUUGGCCAAGAUGAGGAAUCACUGCUCCAGCUGAGCGGCAGGAUGGUCGAUCACACGCGCGACGACGCGGGUUCGCAUCUCGUCACGCACCAAGUCGACGGUGUGGAUCAUGACGGUUUGCUGGCUUCAAGGCAAGACACGUAUCGCUUCAGCAACACCGGGGACGCAACGAUGACCUCCACGACAACUAAGCCGUACGCCUUCAAGUUGGAGUGCAAGAAAGUGUCGAGGGUUCCCAAGCCCCUCUCGGACCGUUUUCUACAGAAGAAGGAGCAACAAGCAAAAGACCUCCAAAAUUCCGUGCAGAUGAUGAGUGACGCGGAUAUCGACGCGGCGGUCCGCUUCUGCGACGAUGUCCUCUCUGCGCCAAGCCUGGUGCUCCUGCCCCCGACCCUGGAAAAAGGACCCUUAACUUUUGGUAAUAUUUUUUGGAAGCACAGAACCGUCACGUACCCGGUCGCGCGGAUCGAGACCCCGGACACACCGGCGCUGAUUAUGAAAAUAGAGAUACCGUCAAAAGGCGUGUGGGACGCGUCCAUUGUCACCGCGUCCGGCGCGUGCGUCGCGCGAUCGUCGAUGAAAGCUCCGACCAAGUUUUGCAAGCCCCCCUCCCAAAGCGCGCUCGUGGAGUGGGGCUGCAAGCGCUACGGCGUGGUUGGAGUGGGAGCGCAGUCUCAAUUUGAAUCGGAGCAGAGGUGCGGCACGGUACCGGGGCAGGCCAUUUUCGCGAAAGGGCCAACGCAAGACGUCGUGUUCUUCGAAGACCUCAACAGCAAGAGAAACGAUUUGAAAGUUGCCGGAUGCAAAAGCAUGGCUUUCGGAUGCUUCUAUCUUGGUAUACCGUGCGCGAUAUAUUACGGUCUACAAGCAGAUGGUGAACCGUACGAAGCCCUUUUCAAGACCUUCGGCGGGACGAAAAUCGGGGGUUUCAAAAUAGAGAAGCACCGGGAGUGUUGUGUGUCACCGGACGACUCCCUGCCAAAGACUGAAGCUGUUGUGCACUUCGGAAGCAUGACGGCUGAACAACGGCGCUUAGCGCUCGUCGUGAUAAUGCAAGGCGCGGCGUUGGCGGCGCACCCAAAAGGAGGAGGAGGAGGAGGAGACGGCGGCGGCGGAGGAGGAGGAUGA